CCAAACUUCAACUGAUCGCUUUGGAACACGAUUUCCCCAAAUAACCGCAAUUAACAAUGGUUGUUACUCGAAAUGGUGCUAUUAUAGCAAUGUCGGAAGACUCGGUAACGCUGGGGCGGGACCAUGUGCCUUCUGCUGUGGCAUCAACCACAGAGAUUGACUCGCCCGUUGCCAAUGUGGACACUGUUCCGUCCAUGAACAUACCGCGGUCUGCCUUUGAAAAGAAGUUUCAUGCCAAAGAGGAUGCUUUCAAAGAUCUGGCAAGAUUUGAGGAGCGAUUGCGAUACAAUAUGUACCGAAGGCGUCGAUCAGAGACAUAUUGGGGCGUGGGCUUCACUAUCCUCUUCAUUAUUCUCUUGUGGUGCUUGUAUCAGAUCUUUACAAAUAAGCGGGUGGACGAACAGGGCAUAUCUAUACCAAACUCAUGGCACGUUUUCGGCGUCACUGUUUUGGUAUCGGCCAUAACCAUUUUCGUUACAACGGGCACCCUCCGGACGACCAUGCUGUACUCGACUCGAUACAUUCAGAGAUGCAAUAGCGCUCUUCGACCUUUUAAUAUGGAGUUCAACAAGGACCGGAAAGGGGGCAUCUCGUUCCUCCAAAAGGUACCACCCGAAUUUCAGGAUGGAUAUGAGAAAUAUCGAGCAGAGUAUUGGCGACAACAAGCUUUGAAAAAGAAGAAGAAGAAGGGAUGAAGGAGACGAUCAAAGAUGCGUAGUGUGGGGAUUAAAGUGAAUUCAAUUCGGGCUUUGUAAAUAUACUGUUUAUCCGUUGCUGAACAGAAGUCAUCAGAUUGAGAUACAGACGGGGAGAGGGUGCUGAAUUGUAUAUUCUAAAAGUGAAAGCA